GUCCUCGUGGUCAAGGAAGAUCGCGGGGCAGCAUCGGCUGCAGAACUCUGUGACACCAGCAAAGCUUGGCCAAAUCUACCGGGCACGCGUGCACCAUGGAGAAAGCUCACUCGCGCGACCUUCUCCCCGUCACGACGGCGUGUAGCUACGGUACGCGCAGCCGCAGCUCCUCCUGGCGCAACUUGGCCUUCUACGUCCUCCUCAUUGCUGUAGGCUGGGCCCUCUCGCAGCCAGCCUCCUUGGAGCUCUCGAGUCUUCACCGUGUAGCGAGGACCGCCGCAUCUGAUCUGGACCUGCUCGUGUCGGACUACCUCCCACUGUCCGCAGCGCAAAAGCAUCGCGUGCCCAAGUGUCCCGCUCAGCCUGCUGCGUUGGCUCCAGCGAUCGAUUGGCGGCCCGACCUCAACGACACGUGGCUCUCCGAGUCGGCUGCCCGCCUUGGCGCCGCUGUGCAGAUCCCGACGAUCAGCUACGAUGGCAUGGGCGAGCCAGGCGAGGACACGCGCUUUCAGGUGUUCGCAACGUUCCACGAGCACCUCGCAUCCACCUAUCCCUUAAUUCAUGAAAGAUCCGAGUUGCGAAAGAUCAACACCUGGGGUCUGCUGUACAAGGUCGCUGGCACUGACGCGAGCCUGAAGCCGAGUCUACUAGCCGCACAUCAGGAUGUGGUGCCCGUGCCAGACGAGACGCUUGACCAGUGGGAACACCCGCCGUUCAGCGGCUACUACGAUGAGCAGAAGGGCCUUGUUUGGGGUCGCGGCAGCUCGGAUGAUAAGGGCAUGCUGGUCGCUGUCAUGGAAGCCGCCGAGUAUCUGCUCGCCGAAGGCUGGGCGCCGAAGCGCACGCUCUACAUCCUCAGCGGCUUCGACGAGGAGGUAGGCGGCGGCCGAGGUGCGAUGGAGAUCGGUCGCGUGCUGCUCGAAGAGCUCGGUGAAGAUUCGAUCGAGUUCAUCCUUGACGAGGGCGGCCUUGGCAUCGGCCAGGAGCACGGUGUCGAUGUCGCCAUGCCCGCUGUUGGCGAAAAGGGCUACCUAGACGUCAAGAUGGACGUCCGUGCGCCAGGCGGCCACAGCUCGAUGCCGCCUGACCACACCGCCAUAGGGAUCAUGUCCAAGCUGGUUGAAGCUCUUGAAGCGAAACCACACGAAGCGAAGCUCACACCUCAAAGCCCGGUCUUGACGCAUCUCAUCUGCGUCGCCGACGCGAUCGAUGCUGGCCAUGCCGCCUCGCGUCCGACUCGAAAGCAACAAGAAGGCUUCCAGCUGACAAAGAAGAUGCGCAAGUAUCUCCGCAAUCCGCGCCGCUGGCCGAGCGUCGCCAUGACGAUCGACGCGACUGGCACACGUGUGGAGCGUUUCAUCAUCAAGACGAGCCAGGCAGUUGACGUCAUCGGCGGCGGAGCCAAGGCCAACGCACUGCCAGAGUACGUCAGCGCGCUCGUCAACCAGCGCAUCAUCGAGGGGACCGAGGAGAUCAUGCAGCGCAUGGAGCGCGUGCUCAGGCCCGUGGCCAAGCGAUUCGGGCUCAAGGUCGAUGCCUUUGGCAAGGGUAGUAGCCUUCAGGAUGGCGCGCAACAAACUGGGGUCGGAGCAUCAGGGUCUCUCACACUUUCGGUGGUCGAGUCGUCCGAGCCGACACCCGCGUCGCCCACCAACACGUCGGCAUUCGCCACGCUGGCAGGCACGAUCAAACACGUCUUUCCCGGCGAAAAUGGCAGAGAGCGGCUGGUGACCCCCGUCAUCAUGACGGGCAACACUGACAGCCGCCAUCUGCUGAAACUGACGCGCAAUAUUUGGAAGUUCAAUCCGAACACCUACUCGAGCAAGUCCGCGAAGCACACGGUUAACGAGAACAUGGGGAUUCGCAGCCACGCAGAGACCGCCAGGUUCAUUCAUGCUCUGCUGCGCAACUUCGACUGAUCUACAUUCCACAAUCCAAGUGCCCCUCUUUUGCGCAAAUGGCAUGCAGCUGUAACUGUUCAUCACUACGAAUCGCAUCUCACACGACAGCCCCAGCCUAAACAAUUCGAAUUAUACCAGGGUAUGUGGUGUAGGCGACAAUACAAUACAUUCCGGAAGCCGAGUUCAAGGCUGGGAACAGGUUGCCACAUGAGAUAAUUCCUCUGGCACCAGAGUAAUGAACAGUAUGAG